AAUCUUCAGUACAUGAUUGACUGACCCGCCGAUCAGAACACCCAACUAUUCGCUCCAAGAUCCGUAAUCGCAUGUGUUCACCAACGCAGGACAACCAAGCGAAACAGAGAGAGAGCCACAUCAAACGAGAAAGAGCAAAAAACGGCAGAUCUUCGCGUUGUGAUUCGUACUUCUGGUGCUGUUGCUCCAUUGCGCCUUGUCCCUUUCGUGGUUAAUUUCGCGAACCUGUGCCUCCUCCAGGUAGUACUGCCUGCGUACGAACACACGCCUCUUAUAGUCCGGGACUUAGUUGUUGGUUGUUCUCGCAUAGACGCCGUUUGGCGAUAUAUGUAUGGUGUGACGGUCGGAGCCACGAAAGAUCAUUUAAAGGCAGCUGCAAUCAGUGCUCGAUCAAUCAUUGAGUCGCGAGCGUGACACCGUACGGAUCUUGCAAUAACCCAGUGGAAUACUAGCGGAAUUGCGAUUGUUGAAGAUAGUGCCUGCGGUAGGAAGUGCAUUUAGAGGGUCCCAAAAUUUGAACAGAAAAAAUAUCCCGUUUGUAUCAAACAGAAUCAAAAUGAAGUGUUUCAUCUUGUCAGUGCUAGCCAUAGUUUUUUUGGUCCAAAAUAGUGGCUGCAGCCCUGCCAGAUACCAAAAUCUGCCGAAGAAGGACGGAUAUGUACCGGUGUACAUCCGUGUCGGAAAUACUCCCCUCGAGCAGAUCAACCACGAGCUGGCGGCCGCUUUCCAGGAGAGUAACGCACGCAGCAUCCGAGGAACCCUCAUUCAGGAACUCAACCGUAAAACCCGUUUCUCGUCGGAAUCUAGCAGCGCAUCGAGCGAGGAAACGAAUAACGUUAACGUCAUCCUGAAACGUCUGAACCCCAGCAACAGAAACGUCACCGAUUUUAACUCCAGCUCCGAUGAAUCCAACUCCUCCGAGCAGUUGCUGCUGAACGAGAUUGCCGCACUCGUCAAAUCAACGUCAACCGACAAAUCAGCUGCCGUAGGAAACAACAUUAUUUAAGUUCGGCUUAGUCCUUCUCUCAGCCGGGGGAGCAAAAAAAUACGGCGCAAACAGAGCAGAGCGCACGGCCAUUGGAUGACUGAGGGCGUCUCGAAGCGACGAUGUGAUUAAAAAUACAAAUUAAUUCCCGACGUGCAUUUUGUAAUCAAUUUUAAUUCUAAGGUUAUUAUCAACAGCCGAGAUUAUACUAAUGUAAACAAAACGCGCUGCAAGAUUACUUUUACUUCCAAGAAAACAAUCUUUGUACUUCCCCUGGAAAUGGUGUGGAAAAAAUAUGAGCCAAUAAUUUGGCACUGAUAACGGGAGGUAAUAAAAUGGUUAAUAUUUAGGAAAAAUA